UGUUAUAAGCUGCAGCCCAUCAGCGGAGCAGACGGAUUUAACCGUCGGCGUGCUCGUAUCUAUCGCACUUAUCUACUCAUAUAUUUAUAGAAAACCGUCAGAAAUUAACUAAGCUAAUUAAUCAUUUGGUAAUUAACAAUUCACCUAAAAAGGGAAAAGAAGUCAUGUAAAUAGUGGAGGAGAAGCUGCUCUGCGGAACCGAGUUGUGUGUGGAUUUGUGUUCAGGUCGGACCCGAUUCUUCGUUGUGCGUGCUGCUGUGGUAGCGCAGGUUAGCUGGUUAGCUAGCUUAGCUUCUCUGAUAAACAACAAAUUAAAAUAUUUAAAACUCAAGAGUUUUAAAGGCAGCUGGAUGUGUUUAACUUUUAAACUGGGGGUUUAGCAAGCUAACGUCUGAGUUUAGCUGCCUUUACGAGCUGUUUCUGGAGGCGGGGAUUAUUGUUUAGCUAGUUAGCUACCUGGCUAGCUCAGCUAUUAGUUAGCUAGUUUUCUGAGCCUGUAAGUGUUAGCUAAUACUAGGAUAUUUCGGCUAGUUUUCUCCGUUAAUACUCUCGCUGUGUGAGUAUAGUUGUUAGGAGCGAUGCAGAGGCCACAUUUUCGGCACCCUUCCCCCGGACCGGGCCCGAGAGCGGGCGGGUUUCGCAGUCCUCCGCCGGGUAUGGAGAGGGGAGGCGGCGGUGGCGGUAUGCUCCCCUCACCGCCCUGGGCUUACCAGAACCCCCCGCCUCCGUUCGGGCCGAGAUACGGAGCAUACGGCGGGUCUCCGAACACCCCGCCCAGGGACUUUAGUGCGGGCAGAGGCGGCAGUAACGGCAAAUACAGCGGCGGGAGAUCACCCGGUCACACGCCGCGCAGGCCGAACAACAACAACAGCGGCGGCGGGGGUGGUGGCGGUGUCCGCGGUGGUACUCCACACCGACACUCGCCUUAUUACCACAGCACGGGGCAACACGGCGGGUCUUUUCAGGGUUCACCGCGGACAUCCACACCAUUUGGCAGGGAGAGAGGGGGAAAUGAUACGGACAAGUAUUACAAACCGUCUAUGCUUCAAGAUCCAUGGGCUAACCUCCAACCUAUCUCAGUCACAGACUCCCAGUCCAAAUCCAGCACCCAGCAAGCCACAAACACAGGCAGGCAAGGGAGGUACUACGGCUCAAACUUGAACUGAAUCAGUUUAAAACUAGUUUUGGUCACACUGACAACAAGGGGAGACAUGUCCCAAAUGUUUGAGUUUUUAUUAUUAUUAUAAUUAUUAUUUAACAGGACUGCCUCUGGUCAUGGAGUGAACUUGCGGCAAAGUGGACUUGACAGUAGCAAUACCUCUUGCAAAGCUGAUCCAGCUUUUUUUAAAAGCUUUUUAUACAGCAGUCUGUUUGUAUACUGAGAGACAUUAUACUGUACUUUUAUAUUUUACAUCGAUUUUGGACUAUCAGAGUAAGAUCACAGUGUAAAAAUAUGAGGCUUGUCAGCCAACCUCUGAACUAACAAACACUCUUCCUAUCUUCCACCAGCAAACACAUUUUUAUUUAGAUGGUCUAUUUUUAUCUGGGCUCUGUCAAUGUGGACUGAUGUUAAACUAUGUAAACAAUAGAAGCCCAUUAAUUAUUUUUGUUUGAUAAUUGAAUUCUUGCUUUGAUGAAAAAAUGAAUUUGUAUUUUUUUUUUUUUACAUACUCAGGAUUUUCUAAAAACUAAAGUACCUCAAUUAGAUGCUACAGAUUAAAAAAGGAUGAAAAGAUUGGAUGCAUUUUUCAGUUAUAGAUAUUUUUUUUAAUCCUCCUUUGUGGCACACCUCAUUCUUUGCUCUCUGUUUUAGUUCUAUAUAUGUGAAUGUUUUUUAUUAUUUCUGUCAAAUGUAUCUGUAUCUACAUUAGUAAUGUGAAAUGAAAUCAAAGCACCUGGCUCGUUUUAAAAA